AUGCCUUCCGCGGAGCCCAACGCCGCCCCCCUGAGCUUCGGCAAACGAUUCGCCGUCCUCAACCUCGACUUCAUGAACAUUCUCUUCGACAUCGUCAAGGGCACGCCGGAAGGAGGCAAGUUCGUCGCCAACUGCGGCCAAUGGGUCGACGCCGUGCAUAAGCGGGAUCCGCGGCCGCUUACCGUCUUUACGGCGCUCUACUUUACCAGCCCUUCGCAAGCCGAGCUGCCGAAAGACGCCCCCUUUACCAAGCUUGUCAAUGGCUUUGCGAGCUUUGACGAGAAGAGCCCCGGGGUGCAGGUGCCUUCGUACCUGAAUGUCGAUGAUGAGGAUAUUGUCCUGCAAAAGAUACGGUGGUAUGCAGGGGCUGGGAAUGUCCUGGAGACGCUUCUCAAAGAGAACAACAUCGACACUGUCGUCGUUUCUGGCCUCAGCCUCUCCGGUGUCGUCAUGAGCACAGUCUAUCGCCUCUUUGACCUAGACUAUAACGUCUAUAUCAUCUCGGACAACGUGCUAGAGCUGCCAGUGUCGGACCACGAAAAGUAUGCUGCCGUCUUUCUCGGUUCGCUGAUACCAAAAAUGAAUCUUAAAGUCAUUGCCCUUGAAGAAGCACUCGAAGCACUCAAACAUUCAUAG